ACUUUUGUUAUUAUCUAAUCAGCCGGCGGGAUAUUUUUAUCAACGCGCUCUCUCGUUGUUCCUCUGCGCUUUGUUUGGCUAAGUGCUCAAUAAUUAAUCGCGCUCAGUCAGUCGAUCGCUCUAUUCCAGCUGCCACCGGCUUAAUUUGCCCGCUCCAGGCCUAAUUCGCUGACAAGAAAAUGAGCGUCGACCCUGAGCUGGCGGGCGUGCAGGUGGAGGAGGUGACUGCCGCCGGGGCGGUGCAGCUGGGCGAGGGGCCGCACUGGAUCGACUCGGAGCAGGCCCUUUACUGGGUUGACCUGCUGGCCGGCGUGCUGCACAGGCUGCACCCCGCCUCGGGCAAGCACACGAGCACCACGCCCCCGAGCAAGAAGUCCCUGGGCUUCGUGGUGCCCGUCUUCCGACAUCCGCACCUCUUUGUCGUCGGCCUCGGACUGGACGUGGCACUGCUCCGCUGGGAUGGAGAAACGCAGUGCGCGAUUGAAAGGGUGCUCGGCUCUGUCCAUGCAACCCCGGGCUCCCUCAGGUUCAACGACGGCAAGGCCGACCCGCAGGGCCGCCUCUGGGCAGGAACAAUGAGCACGGCGAUCGACAAAGGCGUCGACCCGCAGCCCGAGAUCGGCUCCCUGUACAGUUUGGAAGAGAGUGGCGUGAAGAAACACGUGGACUACGUAGGCAUCAGCAACGGGCUGGCGUGGCGCGACGCCAUAAUGUACUACAUCGACUCGUCCGCCGGCCGCGUGGACGCCUUCGAUCUGGAGCCAGCCAGCGGCCAGCUCAGCGGUCGCCGCUGCGUCUUCGACUUACAGAAGAACGGCGUGCCAGGCGUGCCCGACGGCAUGACCAUCGACAGCGUUGGAAACCUUUGGAUCGCGUGCUUUGAUGGCGCUCAGGUGAUCUGCGUGGACCCUGAGCGGGGUGCCCUUUUGCGGCGAAUUCCGAUCCCGGCGAAACAAGUGACCUCCGUGUGCUGGGGUGGCCGGCUGCUUGAUGAACUUUUUGUGACGACAGCCGCAGUGAAGGCGGAGACAGGCAAGGUGGCCGCUGGCCGCCUUUACAGGGUGACCGGCCUUGGCGCCAACGGCCUGCUCAACGACCAGGUGCACCUGCCCCUCCACCAGUAGACCCCUACCCAAAUAUACAAUGUAUUUUCAAUCGAAUUAUUACCUUUCUGCGCAAGCACGCUCUUUCUGUCAAUAAAAAGACUUUCUGUGUAUCAAAAGACUCGAAAGGAGGAA